AUCUUAUCUGUAUAACAUAUAGAACAAACAGUCUGUGACAAAAAUCGGUAAAUUACCCACAAUGUAGACAUUUAUUUUACAAGUACGGAAAAAGUUGUGUGUUAUUACUUCCCGAACGUUAAACUGUCAUCCCCAGUUGUAGUGGUAUUACAAGAUGAAUCAGCUUAAAAAUCACCAUCAAAAGAAACGUCACUCACCAGCAGAUUAUUACUGGCGCGAUUACACCGGAGAAAUCCCUGACGACGCACUCCCAGGCGGACACGACAUAAACAAAAAAGCCACUUUCAUCGGUCAAGCAUUUUUAUCGAACGGUGGAAUCGUGCCUGGAACCAUUUACCCCGGUCAACCCGGCAUGAGAUUGCCCUUUGGCUGGAACGCGAAUUUCUCUGACGCCGGCAUGAAAAUACUUUGCAGUUCAAACUGGAACUGUUUUUCUUGGGAAAACGCCAACAGCACUAAUCUACACAUGACCACAAUUGGCAAACAAUUAGUGAUAGGGGGGUGCGAAAACGGUGGUAGUAUCGUCAACCUUGGACGGGUGAUGCACCAAGGCGAACUCAUCGUGGGAAAAGUACUGGGGUACCAAGCAGGAAACGCGAAAAUGUUCUACGUUUGUGGCGACAAAGAACACGGGGUCACUUCGUAUCAGGUUUUAGUGUAUUAUCCUAGCAAAUAGAUUUUAUUUUCAUUUAAA